AACCAACACUGAAUUUUUACUUAGAAAAAAUAAAAUAAAAGCAAAACAUAAAGUGGGGAUAUCACCAUUCACUUCACCCCCCAACACAAGACAAUAUCAUACCCCCUACACAAACCAAAACCACUACUUUUGCCAUGAUACUCUUAUAGAAUCUUUUGUUCUUCAUCUCACUCCUUCCACUCUCCAAAAACACUGUUUUCUCUUCGUCAUCAAAAUUCACCCCUUUCUCUCUGUCUCUCUCCAUAAACAUAAACACAAACCAUGGAUGAAUUAAUCAUAUCAUCAUCAUCAUCCUCUUCAGUUGUCUCAUCAUCCCAUGAAAGCCCACCAACCCUCCAACAAAGGCUUCAAUUCAUCGUCCAAAAUCAGCCAGAGUGGUGGUCUUAUUCCAUUUUCUGGCAAUCCUCAAACGACCACAAUGGCCGCCGCCUCUUCCUCAGCUGGGGAGACGGCCAUUUCCAAGGAACCAGAAGCAAUAACAAAGACAAAGUUACUAAUAAAAACUCCGUUGCCGAGCGAAGGAAAGAACUCAUGAGAGGCUUACAAGCUUCCAUGAUGAUCAAUGAAAAUGUCAACGAAACAACCAUCGACUGCAGUGAAGAUGAUGAUGUCACGGAUGCGGAAUGGUUCUAUGUCAUGUCUUUGACAAGGUCUUUCUCGGCCGGAGAUGGAGUUCCCGGGAAGGCUUUUAGUUCUGGGUCUCUGGUUUGGUUAACCGGUGGUCAUCAACUUCAGUUUUAUAACUGUGAGAGAGCUAAAGAAGCUCAGAUCCAUGGAAUUGUGACUCUGGUUUGUAUUCCCACUUCUUGUGGUGUUCUUGAAAUGGGUUCCAGCGAAAUGAUCAAAGAGAAUUGGGGUUUGGUGAACCAGGCCAAGUCUCUGUUUGGGUCAGAUCUCAUCAUCCCAAAGCAACCAAAUCAUUCAAUACAGUUUCUUGAUCGCAACAUUUCUUUCGCUGACAUCGGUUUAGUUACUGGAUUUCAACAAGAAGAGUACGAACGAGACAACAAAGGAGACACAAAAAAACGCUCUUAUGUAGAAUCAGAGCAUUCUCUUUCUGAUUCGGAUUGUCCUUUUGUUACUCCAAUCCUAGAGCCGCAGCCGCAGCAGAGAGCCCCCAAGAAGAGGGGGAGAAAGCCGGGAGUUGGUAGAGAAACGCCGCUGAACCACGUGGAGGCAGAGAGGCAGAGGCGGGAGAAGCUCAACCACCGGUUUUAUGCCCUCCGGGCAGUGGUUCCCAACGUGUCGAGGAUGGACAAGGCGUCUCUGCUGUCGGACGCCGUGUCUUACAUCAACGAGCUCAAAAACAAAGUGGAAGAUUUGAAAUCACAGCUUCAAAUUCAAGACUCUAAUAAUUGUACCAACAGUAAGAAGAUGAAGAUCGAAAUGGCGGACGCCACUGACAAUCAGAGCACCACCACCACUGCCACCAACACCAACACCACCACCACCACUUCGGUGGACCAAACAAGGGCUAAUAAUAAUAAUAAUAAUAACCCAUUUGGUGGGGUAGUGGCCCUAGGGGUUGAAGUUGAGGUGAAGAUUGUGGGGUCAGAUGCCUUGAUAAGGGUUCAAUCAGAGAAUACAAAUUAUCCAUCGGCAAGAUUAAUGGACGCGAUUCGUGAUCUGGAAUUGGAGGUCCACCAUGCUAACAUGUCUAGCGUUAAUGAUCUCAUGCUUCAAGAUGUGGUGAUUAGGGCUCCCAAUCAACAAGGGUUGACAAGUGAGGAUGGAAUUAAAGCUGCUCUGAUUAGGAGGUUGGGGGUAGGACAGACUUGUUAGGAAUACCAAUAAUAGGAACAGGAAUUGUAAUAGUAAUAGUAAUUACCUCUUUGUGUAUAUAUUUAUAUAAAUGUGUGUGUGUGUGUGUGUGUAAUAGUAGUAGAGUAUGUUUGUAAUAAUUUUGAAUUUAGAUUCUUAGGUGUCAUGUUGGUGAGUACCAGUUGUGCUGUAUUGAGAACUUUUAUUUAUUUAUUUUGGGUAACGAAAGUUGCAAGCAAUGUCUAGGCUUUAUUUGGAGUGACAUUUGCACAUGCUA